AUGUCAGGAGUCAAAACCUAUACAUCUGCGCCGGUGAACGCCAACGCCAGCGCCAGCGCAUCUGACCAAGGCACAACCCCAGAUACCACAACCGCCACUGCAAUGGAGUCAUCCUCCGAACCACCCAGCGCCACAACAGCACCAACAGCAUCAGCGCCAGAACCAGUAACAGCACCAGCAACAACCACAACCACAGCUCCCGCACAGAACCUACCACCACCACCACCCGCACAACCUGGCGCCGCACCACCGGGCCCAACCCCAGCACCACACUCAGAAGAACCCUCCUCAACCUCCUUCCCUGAAUCCGCAACAUCCAUCACACGCACACCUCCAGCUCCUCAACCAGUCUCUAGACCCGAGCAUCCAACAAAGACAGGCUCUGUUGCGCCUCCGCCCAAGGCAGGUGAGGUUCAUAAUUCUCCUCCUGCACCGGCGCCUGCGUCUGCACCUGCGCCUAGAGCGUAUGCACAGCCAUACUCGUUUACACCUGCUACGCCUAAUUCGACAUCUGCGUCGUAUGGCUCUGUGUAUCCUACUUCGGCGGGGAGGCCUCAGUUACCGUUUAGUGGGGGGAGUGGGAGUGGUGGGGGAGCGGAUAGUAUCUUUCCUCAGGAGGAGGAGGGGUUUAUUGGGGCGGCGAAGGGGUGGAUGCGGUGGGGGGGGGGAAGCUUGUUGAGGUUGAGAAGGAGGUUUGGAAGAAGAUUAAUGAUGUGCAUGAAAAGUGAUUUGGGCUCCAAGGUUGGGGAUUGA